UUUGAGCCCCCCUGCCAAAAGAAACCCAUCCUCUGCAACAGAGAAAAUGGCGUCGUGAGUGAAAAUGAAUACAAACAACAGUAGUUUUGAAAACAGUCCGUCUCUGUGCGAGGACAUCAACAGUCUUUGGAUUCAAUCUUGUGAAAAUGAGCUCACUGCUUUACCCGACUUACAUCUCGGGGCAGAGGGCAGUGUUGAACUCAGCAACUUGGUGGAAGAUAAGGAAAUAGCGGCACGCGCGGUGGCCUUUGUUGUCAAUGGAAGCAGGAAGGGAAUAGUCCCUCUCUGUGCUGACGUGGCCAAUCUUCUGAGGGCCAAAAGAAGACUAGAAAAGAAGGUGUUCAUGCUUAAGAAAGAGAAUGACUUCCUCCACUCCGCGUCCUCACUGAGCAGACAGACCAGCCAUUCCAUUAGUCCCACCCCCGCCUCAUUCAGCUCAGAGAAAAGCGCCCAGGCCGACUUCUUGUUCAACCUACACUCGGAGAGGAACAGACCAUGUUCCCGUUGCAGCCAAUGCUCAAGUACGAUCAGUAGUUCUCCAAACUUUGAUAAAAAUCGACAAAGACUUUCCAGUCUGCAGUACUCACCCGCCAGCAGUCAUGGUGACGAAUCGACCAAUAGGAGACAGUUUUCUCUGCGCGGGAAACGUUCCCGUUCAGAGAGUUGCGAUGCUUUUAAGGGACUCCCUUUUUCUACGAUUGAAGCAGAAGUUCACGUUGAGCCAAAAGACAUCGAAUUUAAUUUCACCAAAGAAAACCUAAACGGAAAACUACCGGAUGAAGAUAGUUUGAAAGAUGAUAUAUUUGAUUUUGAUAAUAAUUACAAAGAAUUUAAGUCUGAUACGGAAAAUAAAAACCAAAAUGAGUGUGAAAUGAAAGAAUUCGGGCGUUUUGAAGAAAACGAGGGGGAGUUAAUCGUUAAACAAUCUUUAACAAGUGGUCCAGCAUUUAAAGACAAUGCCGAAUGUGUGUCGGCCACGAAUAGUUGUCGUGAAAAAUCCAUGGGAACAAAUUCUACCAAGACAAAAAGUUCGUCUGUGUCAUCAGAGGAUAAGGACUCGCAGAGUAGUGUGCAAAACAGUGAGAGGAAUUUCAAACAAUGUGAUUUGUCGGGUGUGUUUAAUAGACCAAAUUCUAGUGAGUUAGCGGAGGAAAAACGCCUAUCUUGUACUGAAAACCCAGAAACACAUAAUGGUUCGGCGGUAGCAGAGGAAAGUUUGGAGGACAAGUUUGCUCAAAGCAUGUUACUGAAUUCAAAACUAACGGAAGAGCUUGGAGCUGCGAAGAAAGAAAUUGAAAUUCUGAAGAACCGGCUAUUGACAUUGGAGCCCAACAAAACGGACAGAUUAUUCCUUGAAAACGAAGUAUGUAACACUAAAAUGGAAUACCUGGAGAGGCGUCUGCUGAACAACAAUAAUAGACAAACCAAAUCAUGCGAUAGGUACAUCAAACACCGGGUGACGCCGAUCUCGGCCUACCUGUCCCAGCCUCUGUAUGGAUGUAAGUGUAGCGCCUGCCAGGCCGUGUUCUCCAGUUCCGAGUACAUCUCUGAAGCCGACCAAGAGAGCACAGACAAACGAUCCUUCUCCGUCAGUCACAAAUUACAGGUUCAGCUCAAUGACCAUGUCGUUGCUAAGGGUGACCGAACAGGUCACAUCCGGUACAUCGGACACUUGGAUAAACAGACGCAGCCGAACCUGUUGUUCACCGGACUGGAACUGGACUCCCCAGUUGGAAACCAUGAUGGCGUUCUGAAUGGUAAACGAUACUUCAACUGCCCAAAAGACCAUGGCACUUUUAUACCACUCCAGGAAAUCAUGUGCAAAGUUGGCAAAAAGGGUUCUAAGAAAACUCAAAGUCGAGACGAACCAUUGAAAGUGCUCAGAAAAAAGCGAACGGACAGAGUGUCUACCAGCAAGUGACAUCAGCGGUGACCAGGGAAGGAUUUACAGCGCAAGAAUAUUGUUCUUAAGAAAAAAAUGCGGAAUUAUAGAUGUUCACUUUAUUGGUUUGAGCAUUUAGUAGUAUCCCGCUUCAUCCAUCCGUCCGUCAUUCUUUCAUUUGUUUCUUUAAUUUACAGAGGGUUAUCCCCCGUUUACAAAUGAGGGAAUUUGAAUUUAUGAAAAUUAAAGCAAUUAAAAAUAUUAUAUCAAACGUUUUGAUUUAAACAUCGAAAAAAACAAGUGAUCAAAAUUAAUUCCCAAUGAGUUGAAACCUUACAUAUAUAUAAUAUGGAAUUUUUAUACCAAUACAAUUUAAAAUUUAAGAACAUGAUUGCAAUAUUGAAUAUUAGUAGUUGAGAAUUCAACGUCAUGUUUAUAAUUUAUUCACGAUUUAUUGUAAGUGAAGCUCGCCCGAUGAUUUAACUUUAUUAAUUUUUUUUCAGCUAUUACUGAUAUGAUGUGUUUUCAUUUCAAGAAAAAUGUUUUAAUAUACCACGAUUCUUAAUGAAAAGUAAGCUGAAGAUGGUCAUGUAUAGUAAAAAGGAUGUUUUUAAAAAAAAUUGUUUCAACGUUUAAUAUCGCUUUCAAUCUACGAUAGAAUAUGAUGUACUUAUAUUCCUCGUGUGAAAUAAAAUCUCACAACAGGUUAAAAAACCACUGACCAUAAGACUUCAAGUGUAAUCAUAUAAAUGUAUUUUUUAACGUAAAUAUUGGUUUUAAGUUUAUUUAAAAAUGUUAAUUAUUAACUCGCUAGGAAAGGACCUUGAGAUGGAUGCAUUAUGAUAUAAUUUUAAUCGUUAAAUUUAAAAUAAAAUGAAACAAAUUUAUACAUAACUUGUUUUCAUUAAGCAACUAGAAUUGAAAAAAAUAUUUGAAGUAAUUUUUUUAAAUAAAAUGACAUUGAUUUUCAUUUGCAACCCACUCACCCUGCAAAAAAGAAAAAACAAACUCGGUGAAAUAAUGACGUUUGAGGGGUUUUUUUUAUGAAAAUUUCAUGUGAUUUGCGAAUGAACUAAUGAACGAAGAUGAACCCGGUUUAUAUUGUAUGCCGUCAGGUUGAGGUUCAAUGCUUUAGAAUUUCACGUAAAUUUGUAUACACCAAAACUGACAAAGAAAAUAAUAAGACUUUAAUUACCAAGAAUUUUAUUGAGUUAAUAAUCAAUUGAAUGUUCGCCGUGUAGUGACAGAUGGCGGUGCUAUGAGGUGCAUAGAAAAAUUAUAUUUGAAUAUCAUUAGUGUUUAUGAUGUGCAAAGUUUUGCAUUGCAACGUAUGGUACCAGUUUCUGUGUAAUGCUUGUUUGUAAUUUAAUCAUUUAAAACAUGACGUUUGGUUGCUUAGUAUUAAUUACAUACAUGAUUUAAAACCACAUAUUAAAUGGAAUUGUCAACUGCUUAUCUCGUCAAAGGUCGAUUAUAUUGACCUUUAUAUUAAUAUUCAACGUCAUUUGCUGAUUUUUGCACAGACACUCUGAAGAACUCUAGCAUUUUUCGUAUAUAAAGUAUAAUAUUCAAUUAGUGAUUUUGAACUUUUGCGGUUAACUGUAGAGCAUACCAUUAUUCUUGAUGCGACAUUUACACCCAUAUUUUGAGAAAUUAUUCCCAUGUCAUUAAAUAAUAUUGUUCUUGCUUUUUUAUAGUUCUUUCAAUUUAUGAAAAAAUCACAGGGUUUUUUUUGGUUUGGUUUGGAGGACACCGAAUUUCAUUAGAUCUUUUGAUGGUUUUUUUGGCGACAUUUAGUUUAAUUGUUGCAUGAUAAAAGACAAGCAGUUAUAUUGUCAUUUCCUGUUCAACGCAAAGAACUGAAUACGACGUUGUUUACUGCUUUGUCUGUGUGUCUGUAUAAUGUGGGUUUUUUCUUCAGUUAAAGUCCGUCCAAUUUCAUUUGUACAAACAAUUUUUCUCAAUAUAUUGGUAAAAAUAAUUAUACUAGUAUAAUUUAUGAAAAUGGUUUAAAAUACAAAUUAUUUCAAAUGUUUAAACUAGAUGUAUUAUAUAAGACUUUAUUUCUAAAUGUUUAAACUAGUAUGUUUUGAGGUCUCGUUUGUCACACAGAUUGUACACUGCUGUAAGUUGACAUGAUUGUGUUUUAUUUAAUCAAUGUCUUGGAUCAUUCAUUAUUUUCACAUUUAUUCUGUUUUAACUUUUUCAGACAUUAUGGUAUGAAAACGAAGGCUUAUAUUGAAGCCUGAAUUGUUGAUACCAAAAAUAAACUGAGUUUAAUGUUAACUUAUUGUAGAUCUUAGUUAGUUUUUAGUCUAUAUGUGAAUUCUGUUAAAUGACCAAAGAUCAUAUGUCUAUGAUUUUCAUUUUGAUCAAGUUUUAGCUUUUUUUGCUUUCUGUAUAUCAGACUGCUUUGAAUUUUAUUGUCAAACAUUGUCAUUUUUUGACAUUUGAAAUAACAACGUGUAGUUAAGAAUUUCAAUAAAUUUCGCAUCAAAUUUGAAGAGCGGCAACACUGAAUGGGUGAGCAACACGACAAUCUGAAAUUUCUGGCAUUGCCUAAAGAUUUUACUAUCGAGCUCUGCCAAAUUGGUAUUCAAUCUUACUAUGUGAUUUUACUAUCUAGCUCUGCCAAAUUGGUAUUCAAUCUUACAAUGUUUGAUUAGCUAUAUAAAAUCGGUUUACCUUUUCAUCGGACAAAAGAUUAAGACCCGAUCUUAACGUUUGAUAAAAGGAAAGCAAAACACAUUGUCCGGAAAUGACGUAAUUGGAAGAAGUUUCAAUCUUUAUAUCUAGUUACUGUAAACUGUAUUUAUUAUUUAGGCAUUGUAUCCAUUUAGAGAAUGGAUUCAGAAAAUGUCGGUAGAAAUAAUCAUUGAGUAUAAGUAAUAUGGAUGGUUAUUUAUUUUUAAAUGCUAAAAAAUGUAGCGAUGAAAACAUCAUUUUACACGGCUUUUCAGCUAGAACUUGGGAUCAUGCCAAUAUAUAUCUUUAAACUUUCUAGCGAUCUUUCUACCAUUUCGAUAAGAUUAACCAGGACCCUUACAUCCAUGUGACAGGUACCGGUUAAUGUUCAGAUACAUAAUGUAUGUAAAGAAAAUAAUUAAAUAGUUGUUUUGAAUUUUCAACGAAAUAAAGAAAGUUAAUUCUACAAAAAUUGAUCAAGAAUAAAUAGUUUAUUUAUAAAUAACAUGUAUGUAAAUUAAAAUGUCUACAUCAUCAAUACAUUAGUUACAAUAUCUAGUCGAACAAAACUAUGUACACAAAAUCACAAGUGCUUGCCAGUACAUCAUGUGUGUAACACUGCAAAGUCUCCAAUUUGUUUCUACUAUUCGUAGCACACGAAUGGUAUGAAGUUGAAACAUGUAUAUCACAAAACGGUAAUACUGAAAUAAAGAAAUGACUACGAAGAGUGUGUGGCGAUCUUUUUUUUCCUUUUUCAUUCACUUUUAAUGGGAAAAGUUGUGCAAACAAUAUUGCAGUUGUAGAAAGAAAGAGAUGAAGAAAGUUUAUUAUGUUUUUAUUAAAAUAUCAGAAACUUAA